AGGGCCCAUCCGGUAAGGCCGGCUCGAAGGGAAAGGCAUCGAAACGUGUGGUGCCAUGGCCCAAAAGCCCUCGAAACGAAAGGCAUUGGGAACAAAGAAAGACAGGACCAAACUGGAAGUCACGGAUCAAGCGGUUGCUUUGUCUGACACAGAAGUGGCCGAGGCAUUGGCUGAUGUGAUACCUAUGCUCAUGGCGCCACCCAACAUCUUGAACAUCAUGGAAAAGUUUCAGCAGCCGCUUUUGAAGGCCGUGAUCCCCGGAAGAGCCGGUCGCAUCCCGACCCGACGCAUGUUGCACUUGGCCAAGAAGAAGGUCUUAACGUUUCUGCAGAAAGAAGAGAAGAAGGAGAAGAAGGAGAGAGAGAAGAUGAUGAAACGAGUCGGAAAUGGAAAGGAGUCUAUGAAGUCUUCUACCUCGUUUUCCUCUUAUCCGCUGUCCUCGGAGCUGGCGUCGGACGUGGUCCGCGCCUUUCAGAUCGCGUCCGGCGAACGGGUCCUUCGCUUCGACUGGGAUUUCGCCAAGGAACGGGUGAAGAAGGCGAAGUUCGAUCGAAAGAGAGAGAUCGACCAAUGGGACGAAUGUCUGGCGAUGACCUGUGGAGAGACGAAUUCGUUGUCGGAGAUCUUCAUCUGUGGACAGAAAAAAAUGACGCAACGGGCUUUGAACUCCAUCCUUUGUCAUGAAUCUCUUCACAAUUUGGCGCGACGGGCACGAAGAGGAAAUCCCUUCCUGGCAGAAGACACGGAACACAUGGCCAUGGCUCUUCUUGGCGAUCCGCAGUUGGUGCACGAACCCAGCUUGGCGCAAACUUGAAGCUACGAACGGGGCUCCUGGCACUACAAGGAUCUACAAGAAACAAGCCACUACAAGGUCUUGAGGUUUGAGAACGGAAGAACCCACAAGACCUGAACGGUUUCGCUUCGUUUUGGGAGGUCGCCCCCCUACGGCCUGUCAAUCGGACGGCAGGGCGACCCGAAAAAUCGGAGAAAUCGAAUCGGGCUCCUGGCCAUACUAGGAGCAAGGGCCU